AUGUUCUUCUCCCUCUUCAGCUUGCUGAACGUGUGGGCUCUUAUUAAAAAGUUGUGUGCUGGCCAAAAGGCGGCAGAGAAAGCGGCCAACAACGCGGCAGAUAACGCGGCAAACAACGCGGCAAAAAUCGCAGCAGACAACGCGGAAAAAAUGGCAGCAGAUAUCUCAGGAGACAUCUCGGAAGAAACCAGAGAUAUCGUCAUAAGGAUCGCGCGGGAAGCCGCAAUGGCGUGCAUAUUUGAAUUCAUGAAGGAAGGUGCAGCGAGAGAUGCCCUUAUAGGAAAGGCAUUCGAUGUCGAGCUAAAGGAAGAUCUAAAGGUUGUGACUGAAAACUGUGGUGUUCACAUGCGCUUCCACCCAGAUGAUUCCUCCUGUAGCGAGUCAGACUGGGUUGAGAAUGAGCAAAAGGAUGCUCUCAUUGAUUCUGAGCCGGUUCCUUUUAGGGAUUACUCCAUUACCUCGGUGAUGGAUGACCCCAAUCAUGAAUUAGAAAGUGUAGUAAUUAUGCAUUUUAAUAGUUCAGAGGAUGAGGCAGAGAGUGAAAGCAAAUCUGCAGAUGGUCAUUCUGAGGAUUCACUUUCCUGUUUGGAUCUGUCGUGGACAAAUAGUACGGCCUAUUCUAUGGAGAGUACGAAUCCGUCCUUGGCAUAUUCCGAAGAGCACCUCUUAGAAGGUGUAAAGGAGUUGUUCAUUGAUGAAAAGGAGAAAUUUAUAUGUCGCGUAAAAUUUAUGAAAAACAAAAUUGAAGAUAAAUUUAUGCGAUUUAGGAAACUGUUCAACGAAGGUCCAGUGGACUAUGCGGAAAGCUCCCAGGAUUCGCUGAGGUAUAGUUCGGAGGACGAAAUGGAGUGUGUAGAGGAUCUGAUGAGCUUUAUAGAGCACGCGUUGGACCAAGUUACUCAGCGGUAUGUAACUGCUUCCCCCGGUGCAGGGGAACUCGUCGAGUUGCCGUCGGAAGGCUCUGCUGACUGCACGGUGGAGAGUGGCAAGCCGUUCCUCAGGGGUGCGGCGGAGUAUGAUUUGAGCGGCGUUAGGAAGCUCUUCAAUGAGUCUUCAAAAGCGUCCAAAAUGAUUGGCAGCACGCUGAUGAGCACUGCUGCCGAGUAUGAAUUGAGCGGCGUUAGACAGCUCUUCAUCGAGUCUUCAAAAACAGAAAAAAAUAUUAACACCAGAUUGAUGAGCACUGUUUCUGAGUGUGACUUGAGCGGCGUCAGACAGCUCUUCAUCGAGUCUGAAAAAGCGUUUAAAAAGGUUGGCACCACGCUGAUGAGCACUGCUGCCGAGUAUGACUUGAGCGGCGUUAGGCAGCUCUUCAACGAGUCUGCUAAACGCGCGGAGGAAAUUUUCGCCCUUGUCUGUACCGAUGUCACAGAGCACAACUUGAGGACCCUUUUGGCACUUUUCAGAAGGCCUGCUUUGCCCUCCAGAAAUCAUUCGGCUCAGUUGCUGGCUGUUCCCAAUGAUGGAGUAAGUAGCGCCCUCUGUUUGCCCAGUUCAAGGGGAUUCUUUCAUUGUGCUUGGAGUACACAGUACUGCGCGGUGAGAAACAUCGGCCAGGCGUCAUGCUCUUUUACUUUUCAGUAUGUUAAUGGCCAGAAGUACGACUUGUAUAAGCUUUUUUGCAACGUGGAAAUUGAAUAUAAUUUUGAAAGGGGACUCAUUAGGAAGAGAAAAUCUUUUUAUAGGAUCACAAUGGGAAGAGAUGGACUGAAGGAAGAAAGGGAUAAUUGUGAGGAAAUAAUGAAGGGACCAUUUUACCCCAGGUGUAUGAAAAUAAAUCUGGAGGAUGUCGGAGUUCCCUGCGAAAUUGAGCAAAGAGUCCAAUCUGAGUAUGCACGUGGGUGGAGAUACAGGAACAGGUGUUCUAUUGAAAAACAGUGUGUAAGAGGAAAUGGGAAUGGAAACGGAGAUGGAGGCGGAAAGGAAGGUGGAAACGGACAGGGAAAUGAUAACGCCGGAGGGGGUGGUUAUUCAAGUGGGGGAAGCUCUUCUUCAGAUGAGGGGAGCUCAUCUUCGGAUGACCAACGUCUCUUCGGUGACGAAAGUUCGUCAAGUGAAGAUGAACAGCCCGAAGAAGAAAGGUUACAGGUGGAAAAUAUAAUCGAAGAGGAGAGUGAGGAAAUAGACCAACAGUUAGAGCUGCCCGAGGACCUCUCUCGCAGCAUUCUGUUGUGGAGUUCUCAGGCGGUUCCUUGUGAGGACAGCCUAAAAAGGGAAGAUGCUGUAGGUGACAGUGCGUAUAUGCUGUGUGGGGAAGGACCUACGCAGGGAGAAGAGGAGGAUUUGCCCUCAAAAAAUGAAGGGGAAAUGGAAAGGAACGAUGUGCGCAAUGGUUUUAAGGGGAACGCGUGCAGCGAGGGUGUGAAGAGAGAGGAGGAGAGCCUCAAAAGGGAGGACAACUUCAAGAGGGAGGACGACCUCCAGGGGGGAGAAGAACUUAAAGAGGAGGAUAGCUUCAAAGGGGGGGACACUGCGCCAGCAUCUUCCCCAAAGCUACCCGGGGACGCGGACAUUGCGACCGAGAGCGGUGACUUAGCAGGGGAGGAUGACUUAAAGAGGGAGGAUGACUUAAAGAAGGAGGAGGACUUCAAAAGGGAAGUCCCCGAGGACGAAACUGCCCAUUUUCUACAGCGCAGUAGCGAUGUCACGAAUGAGCAGAGUGGCGUACAGGAGGAUCCCGCGAAAAGCGCGGAAAGCGCGGAAAGCGCGGGAAGCAGCUCAUUUACGAUUCCCCCGUGGAAGAUGCAGAGCUGCAGCGGCGCGUACACGCCUUGCGGGCUAUUCGACGGUGUCGAUUUGGGCUCCUUCGCAAUUGUGCGGGAGGUGGUCGCAGAGGAGGUAGCUCCAGAGGUGGUAGCUUCAGAGGUGAUCGCUGCAGAGGUGGUCGCUGCAGAGGAGGUCGCUGCAGAGGAGGUCGCUGCUGAGAUUAUCCCUGCCGCUCUUGGCGGGCCCAGCGAUGGCGCCGACUCGGACAGCAACACGCAUGCGGACGAGGCCAAGGGCGACAUAAAAGGGGGGGCCAACGCGGAGGAGAAAGGCCUCUCGAGCGACGAAACGUGCUCAGAUGUGAGCGACAAUGACGACAGCACCAUGGUGUAUGAAGAUAGCGAUUUGGAACAAGAGACUGAGCACAGGAAAAAGGUCUUGGUGCCAGUAUACGAAGAAGCAAACGCGGAUGUUGUAAACGGCAUGUACAAUAGAGCAUACUACACCCUUCCAGAUGUAGGCCAAAUGCCAGAGGAUACAAAACUUAAGAGCAUGAAAAGCAUGUACAUCAAUCGCCCAACGGAAGUGCGUAAGAGGAUAUAUAAAAAGUAUGCAGACAAGGAAGCGGGCAAAAAAUGGAAGGAAGUUUCAACUGUCCUAAAUUAUACAGAAAAAAUUGUAUUAGAGAUUCUUUCCUGCUUGGAAAAGAAUGACAGAUUUUCUUCACAUUAUUCAACCCGUUAUUAUUAUGCAAAAAGGAUCCAUGGGAUUUACCCCGAGUAUCGUUUCUCUAGGUGUAAAGCAGUCUCUCGCUUUUUCCACAAGUUGCCACUGAAUCCAAUUCGUGAGCAGUUUAGGGAUGAUUACCUAGAGACUGAGUGUGAGAAGGUUGACGGGGAGAUGCAGUUCCGCUCCUUUAAGGAGAUUAUAAAGAUAUACAGGACGAGCGUCCUGCGUAUUAUGUGCUCCAUUAGAAAUGCCAUAGCAGAUGUCAAAUGUGAUGACAUGAAAAGCAAAAUUAAGGAGUACAGGGAGAUGUAUAGAACGUGUACUAAGGAGUCAGAUGAUAUUUAUGCAGAAGAUCAUCCGUAUAUUGUAGGCCUUAAAAAAAUUGAUGAACAUUUUUCGGAGCUUAGGGAGAUCAUUUUUAAGGGUCGUCACAUAAUCGAUUUUUACGAUUAUAAAAUGGACCGAAUUAUUAGGACCUAUGAAUCGCAUUUGUGCUACAGCUACAGAUUUGUACGUUACUGGCUUCACAUUUUUUCCAGAUUUUUUAUUAGCCAAGUGCAAGUGUGGCAACUGCCCCAGGAGUUACCCUGCCAGCUGUUUCAAAAGUAUGAACAUGGGGAAGAGUUCAUUUUGCUCCGCAGAAUGGUGAGGGACUCCAUGUUCAGGUACAAGGAGUGUAUAGAAGACGGGCGAUUCAAGCCGCAUAUAUUUGAAGAUAUGGACUCUCUACGUAAUACGUACUUCAUUUACAAGUACACGCGGAUUUUCUACGACCAGUUAUGUAUUGGGUUUAAAAAGAUGAGGGGCAUUCCUGUGGAGAGGGUUAACGAUAUAUUCAGUGAAAUCUGUCUGGUGGUGUACAAAACGGUUCCCUCGAAUGGUAUAGUGGACCAGCUCAGCCGAAUCGUCAUGCUGGUUUACUCGAAGGACCCUCCCGCCUGGCUCAGCAUUAACGACCUGGAAAAUCUGCUCUUCGACGAUGAUGAGGAGGAGGAGUGCGACUGCGCUGCAGCAGAUGGCGCUGAAACUAUCACAGGGGAAGAAGCCAAGGUCGAAGCGAGCCACGAGGCUGGGGACAAAAACGAAGGAACGAAUGACUCAUCCGUUGUGGAUGAUGUGCAGAAAGGGGACAUCACCAGUGGUGAGGGCCAAGCUGCGAGCAACUGCUCCCCACAUAGUUGCCCAGCGACUGAGCCACACGCGGUAGAGCCCGUACCACACACCUCCAAUGAUGCGGCGAACGUAUCGGCGGAGAAAGGAGCGAUCAAGUAUGAACCCUGUCCGUGCAUGAAUGCAUCCGCACCAGAGGCAAGUGCCCCACAGGAUGGUGCAGGACACAUACAAGGAGGGGUCCAAAUCAGUCACCGUGAGGGCGGUUAUAUUGGAGAGCACCCCUUGCCGGUUGUCAAGCAGGAACCCACGGGGGAUGUCGAGCGUAACUCGGCGUUACUAUCCACCACGCCUGCUGCGGUUGUCGGUAGUGGCUCAGCUUUGCCAUCCACCACACCUGCUGCGGUUGUCGAGCGUAAUUCGGCCGCGUUAUCUCCCAUACCUGCUGCGGUUGGGAAUAGCUCGGCCUUUUUACCCUCCACACCUGCGGCGGCUGUCGGUAGUGGCUCAGCUUUGUUAUCCUCCACGCCUGCGGCGGUUGUUGAGCGUAAUUUGGUCUUGUUAUCUCCCAUACCUGCUGCGGUUGGGAAUAGCUCGGCCUUCUUACCCUCAGCACCUGCGGCGGUUGUCGAGCGUAACUCGGCCUUCUUUCCCUCCGCACAUGCGGCGGUUGUCGGUAAUGGCUCAGCCUUCUUACCCCUCACGCCCAUGGCUGCUGCCCAAAACUGGGGAUUCUCCGCCCAUAAACAGGAUACAUUUUCACAGAGCCGCGAAACUUCCAUGGCGCAAAGGACCAUGGAAAGUGCCAAAAGUGAAGAUAUGUGUCCAAAUAAUGGAUCAUCCGAAGGUAGGCAAAACGGGUUAAGCUUCUUCGCCCUCGCCCAGGCACCAACUGCAGACACGAAUCUGAAGAGAACCCUGGGAAGCUCAUUCGGAAAUUACGAUCAUGGUGGAGCAAUGAAUGGAGAAAGGGACCACAAUAUAAAAAAGAGCUUCACUUUGGGUAAUGCCAUAAACAAUGGAUACAGCAUUAACAAUCAAAAUAAUGCAGGUGUACCAAACGCAUUGGCAUUUAUCCCAAGGAAUUAUGAUUUGUGCAGGCAGGAGCUAUCCGCAUUUAAGCAGAACAGAAGGGGCAUCUGUACUCUGGACUCUGGAGACAACAACCCCAGAGACAAACUGUUUAAGAGCGAGACAACGCAGAAUCAGUGCGUGUUCAAUAGCCGCACAGGCACAUGGGAAGAAGCUAAAAGUGAGAAUGCGUUUUUCAAGGGCGAGGUGCAGGAGAAGAGUCAAAACCUUUUCCAUCUCGCUAAUCCCUCCAAGCAGGAUGAUAACAUUGUGCAGGGGAAUAUGGCGGACAAUUUUUCCAAGCCAUUGGGAUUUACCCAAAUGAACAGCAGCCAUAUGGGCGGCUUAUCGAGACCACCGGGGGUAAGCUCCUUCAGCAGUGGCCACAUGGACCUCCCAUCAAAACCACUGGGAUUUAGCGCUCUUAACAGAAGCCUCGUGGACCUCCCAUCAAAACAAAUGGGAUCUACCCCCCCUGGCAAUAACAACCUGGACAACCUAUCAAGGUUGUUGGGAUUUAGCCCCCUCAUCAGUAGCCGAGUGGAGAGCCCCUCAAAACCCUUGGGACUUAACUCCCUUGGCAGCAACAGCCAGGAGAACUCAUCAAAGCCAUUCGGACUUAGCUCCUAUGGCAACAACAGCCAGGAGAACCCAUCGAAGGACUUGGGAUUUAGCUCCCUUAACAGAAGCCUCGUGGACCUCCCAUCAAAAUCACUGGGAUUUAACUCCCUUGGCAGCAACAGCCAGGAGAACCCAUCGAAGGACUUGGGAUUUAGCUCCCUUAACAGUGGCCAUAUGGACCUCCCAUCAAAAUCACUGGGAUUUAGCACUCUUAACAGAAGCCAAUUGGACAGCCUAUCAAGACCACUUGGAGUUAACUCCUUUGGCAAUAACAGCCUGGACAACCCAUCAAAGCCAUUCGGACUUAGCUCCUAUGGCAACAACAGCCAGGAGAACCCCUCGAAGGACUUGGGAUUUAGCUCCCUUAACAGAAGCCUCGUGGAUCUCCCAUCAAAAUCACUGGGAUUUAACUCCCUUAACAGUAGCCACGUGGAGAAUCCCUCAAAAUUAUUGAGACUUAACUCCUAUGGCAACAACAACCAGGAAAACCCAUCGAAGGACUUGGGAUUUAGCUCUCUUAACAGUAACCAGGUGAACCUCCCAUCAAGGACUCUGGGACUUAACUCCUAUGGCAAUAACAGCCAGGAUUUCCCAUCGAAAGACCUUGGAUUUAACGCUCUUAACAGAAGCCACGUGGACCUCCCGUCAAAAUCACUGGGACUUAACUCCUAUGGAAAUAACAGCCUGGAUUUCCCAUCAAAACCCUUGGGAUCUAACUCCCUUGGCGAUAACAGCCUGGACAAUCCAUCCAAGCCAUUCGGACUUAACUCCUUUGGCAAUAACAACCAGGAAAACCAAUCGAAGGACUUAGGAUUUAACGCUCUUAACAGAAGCCAUGUGGAUAUCCCAUCUACCCCCUUGGGAUUCAACUCCUUUGGCAACAACAGCCAGGAAAACCCAUCAAAACCAUUGGGACUUAACUCCUAUGUAAAUAAUAGCCUAGACCUCCCAUCAAAACCCUUGGGACUUAGCGCUCUUAGCAGUAGCCAUAUGGAUCGCCCAUGGAAACCCCUGGGACUUAACUCCUUUGGCACUAAUAGCCAAGAAAACCCAUCGAAGGACUUAGGAUUUAGCUCCCUUACCAGCAGCCACAUGGAUCUCCCAUCUAAACCCUUGGGAUUCAACUCCUUUGGCAACAACAGCCAGGAAAACCCAUCGAAGGACUUAGGAUUUAGCGCUCUUAACAGAAGCCAUGUGGAUAGCCUAUCAAGGCCACUGGGACUUAACUCCUAUGGCAACAACAGCCAGGAAAACCCAUCGAAGGACUUAGGAUUUAGCGCUCUUAACAGAAGCCAUGUGGAUAGCCUAUCAAGGCCACUGGGACUUAACUCCUAUGGCAACAGCAACCAGGAGAACCCAUCGAAAGACCUUGGAUUUAGCGCUCUUAACAGUAGCCAUAUGGAUCUCCCAUGGAAACCCUUGGGAUAUAACUCCUUUGGCAAUAACAGUCAGGAAAACCCAUCGAAGGACUUUGGAUUUAGCGCUAUUAACAGAAGCCUCGUGGAUCUUCCAUCUAACCCCUUGGGGCUCACCCAAUUGCAUGAUAGCCAUGUGGACAACACCUCAAGACCACUAGGACUUAGCCAUGGAAUUCUUAGCAGUGGCGAUAAGCUCAACAACGUAGACCAAGAAAGAGGCAUCACGGAAAACACGAACACUUGGACAUUAUCAAGAGGAGUUAGCGAAAGCAACAAUAACAUUGAAGAUGCACCACUUCAUGUAGAAUCCAACCAGGGUAACCUAGACAGUCACUCUUUUCCCGAUGAGGAUAUGUGUAACAGCCAAAAAGAAGAAAAUGGCCACGAGAGUAAUGUAAACAGUUGGCCACUCUCAAGAGGAUUUUUCCAUUUCGCCAACGAGAGCCGACCCCACGACAGCAGUGCCAGCAGGUUGAAUAAUAUGGACGGGGAAAUUUUGCAAGAGAGCCUUAACACCACGGAGUCCCUAUCCAUAUGUGAUAGGAUAGACGUGGAAGAAAAGCAGGCGGCGGAGGAUGCAUUGGAGGGAGAGCCUGUGGAAGAAGAGCAGGCGGCGGUAGAUGCAUUGGAGGGAGAGUCUGUGAAAGGACAAAAGGAAAAGUUGGCCCUAUUGGCAAGAGAAGCUGUGGAAGCACUUGCGGAAAGGAAGGCAAGGAAGGCAAGAAAGGAACAGGAAGCUCUAUUGGCAAGAAAGGCACAGUUAGCAGUACUGGCAAGAGAGGCUGUGGAAGAACUUGCGGCAAAGAAGGAACGAAAGGCAAGAAAGGAAAAAUUGGCCCUAUUGGCAAGAGAGGCACAGUUAGCAGUACUGGCAAGAGAGGCACAGUUAGCAGUACUGGCAAGAGAGGCUGUGGAAGAACUUGCAAACAGGAAGGAACGAAAGGCAAGAAAGGAAAAAUUGGCCUUAUUGGCAAAAGAGGCUGUGGCAGAACUUGCGGCAAAGAAGGAACGAAAGGCAAGAAAAGAACAGGCAGCUGUAUUGUCCAUCGAGGCAGAAGCGCCGAAAGAAGCUAAGCUGUCCAUCAUGGAAAAGCCUGCUGCAUUGGCAAAAGAAGAGGUCGCGGCUCAUGCGGAAAUGAAGGAAAAGAAGGCAAAGGAAGAGGUGCUGGCUGAAGAAGCCAAGGUAGUGCCAGAUGCUACUGCCGCUAUCGUAGCAAAAACCAAGGGGAAUAAGGAAGCAGGCACUAAGAAUAGGAAAAAAAGAACCAUGGAAGGAGAAGCAGAGACACCACAAGAAAGCAGCAGCAGUGGUUCGGACGAGGUAUCUCCAUCUGCCAGAAAGGUCAGACGGAAAUUGGUGCAAAAGCCAGCUACUGAGGACGAAGCAGCCAAAGUGGAGGAAGCAGCCAAGGUGGAGGAAGCAGCCAAGGUGGAGGAAGUAGCCAAAGUGGAGGAAGAAGCCAAGGUGGAGGAAGCAGCCAACGUUGAAGAAGCAGCCAAGGCUGAGGAAGAAGCCAAGGUGGAGGAAGCAGCCGAAGCCGCGGAAGAAGCCAACGUCGAGGAAGCAGCCGAAGCUGCGGAAGAACCAAAGGUCUCGGUACAAAUCCAGUGCUACCUCCAGCGAACAAAAUGUGACGGCAAAACAUCUGCGACUGAGUCCUCUGAAAAGUCAGUGCGCUGUAAAAGGUUCCACAGCAAAAUGGCAGGCGCGCUUGAGGAUUGUAGCGACUGGCUCAUCUUCAAAAAAAGGGAAACGUGUAAAGGAAUAGAAGUCGAGCUUUCAAAAGCCGCAAAUGGGGUUAGCGGUGAAUCCGACGAGAGAGAGGAAAGCAACGAAAGUGAGGAAAGAAAGGAAAGCAACGAGCGUAAGGAAAACGGCACGGUGUGCAACACGAACAUUUCGGCGAAUGGUAAAGAAGAUAAUAGCGCACAAAAGGCUGCCCCCCCCGCGGAUGAAACGUGUGCCAAAAAUGGAGAGGCGCAAAACGUAAAAGUAACAUGCCCCAGGAGGGCAACCAAGGAUUCGAUUGUACGCAAAAAGCAUGUGGGACAUUUUAACUUAAGCGUGGAUAGAAUCCGCAUGAGGAAGAGGAACAUUGCCAAUAAGAAGGCGUCUAUACAAAAGGGGACUGCAGAAAGUGCAGUUAAAGAGCCAAUGAGCAACGAAAAGGAGGAAGAGGCAGACGAAGUUACACCCGCUGUUGAAGCUGUUAACAAGGCCCCCUCAACCCAGAACACUCAUAUUUCUGCGCCUGCUCAGGAUAAAGAAGCUGGCCAGCCCGAAGUCACGGCGGAAGCAGCCAAGCGACCACGCAGGGCGAAAGGAAGCAAACCAACGGCACACAAACAUCCAUACAGUAGAAGAAACUGCAACUUGAGCAAGGAUAGAAUAUUUGGCAAGGCCAAGUAUCAGAAAAAAUGA